AAAUUAGUAAAAGUACUAAGUACAAGUAACUAUAAGAAGUUAAAUUAUUAAUUACCGUGACGUAAGAAUUAAGCGACUUACGUGUUGGGAGUUACGACAUUACGACAAACCAUGACAAAAAUAAUAGCGCUAUAACUAUUUAUAUUCUCUAAUUACUAUAACUUAUACUUACCAGAUAACUAUAAGUAUUAAUAAUGAAUUAAUAAUUUCUAAUAAGACACCUAAAAUAACGAGUAAAUCGUAAAUUAAUAGUCUUUUAUCACUCGAACGGUGCAGUGACAUUUUGUUUAAAUUGCAUAUAGUUUUUAAUAUUAAACUAAUAUCGUCAUUCAUCUCUAGUUUUAUAAAAUGAGUUAUACCAAUAAAGUUAUUCAUAGUGGUUAUUUUAAUGACACUCUAAGACAAUGGCAAUGCCAAAACACUCAAAUUACUCCUUUAAAUUUAAUGUAUCCUAUUUUCAUUUUAGAUGAAAAGGAUGUAAGGGAAGAAAUUAAAUCAAUGCCAGGUAUCUAUCGACAAGGAUUAAACCAUGUCAAAGCCAUGUUGGAUCCAGUUAUUGAGUCAGGCCUUAAAUCUAUAUUAAUUUUUGGUGUGAUCAAUAAGCUACCAAAAGAUCAAUAUGGAACACAUGCUGAUUCUAUUGAAAAUCCAGUUAUUCAAGCUUUACCAUUAUUGAAAGAAUGGUACCCAAAUCUUGUGAUAGCUUGUGAUGUAUGUUUAUGUCCUUACUCGUCUGAUGGACAUUGUGGAAUAAUUGAAAACAGGCAAAUAGACAAUGUGAAAAGCAUAAAAAGGAUGGGAGAAAUAGCAUUAGCAUAUGCUCUUGCUGGUGCAGAUAUCGUGGCUCCAUCUUGUAUGAUGGAUGGGCAUGUAACAGCUAUUAAACAGAGUUUAAUGAAAAAUAAUUUAUUGAGUCGAGUUAGUGUUUUAUCAUACUCUGCAAAAUUUUGUUCUGUAUUCUAUGGACCAUUUAGAAAUGCUGCAAAUUGUGCGCCAAGUUUUAGUAAUCGCUCUUCAUAUCAAAUUCCUGUAGGAAGUUCAAGCAUUGCAGAAAGAGUCGUGGAUAGAGAUAUUUCUGAAUCUUGUGAUAUGACUAUGGUUAAACCCGGUAUGAUGUACUUAGACGUUGUAAGAAAAGUUAAGGAUAAACAUCCAAAUAUACCAAUAUUUAUUUAUCAGGUGUCUGGAGAAUAUGCAAUGUUGUAUCAUGCUGUACAAGCUGGUGUAGUACAGUUAAAAGAGGGUUUAAUUGAAAUUUUAAGAAGUAUGCGAAGAGCAGGUGGUGAUGUGAUUGUGACUUACUAUACUCCUGAAAUCUUAAAAUGGCUAAAAGAUGUAUCAAUAUUAUAAAUAAUAUUAUGUAUUUUGGUAUGGACCCUGGUAUAUUUACUUUAGUAUUAUAGUUUUUUUUUGUUUGUUUGAGUAGGUAUAUGUUAAAAAGUUAGGGUGGCUGUCUAUUUGGCAGACGUUUUAUUUUUAUUUGUCAUGCAUAAUUUAGAUAAUGGUGGAGUAUUUUCCUGGACUAAACUUUUCAAAUUUAUUUAUCAUGUGACUGUUAUACGGCUGUAAAAAAUACUUACAUGAGCUCAUAUUUAGACU